CCCGCCAAUAACGAAAGUCGUGCUACUGUGUGUGUUGUGGUGAAAACAAAACUUGUAUAAGUAAACAUAUCUGUAAAUUAUGCAGUUAAACCAAAGUGAAGUUAUAACUAUUCAAGCAGGAUCUUUGGCUAACCAAGUUUGCACACACUUUUGGAACUUACAAGAAUAUGGCUUUACUAACAAGCCAACCACUACUGAAUGUGAGUUUCCCUUUACAUAUCAAGUUCUGUUUGAUGACAGUACCCGCAAAAUAAAACCACGUGCAUUGGCUGUUGAUGUGCGUGAAACUGUUGAUUUUGGAACAAAACUUAAUUCACAGUUAAUUCCAACCUUAUUUGAUAUUCCAUUAUGGAAUAGUCAGGUGGACCAAGUUAUACGUUCAUCACCUCAGUCAAACGGAAAUAAACAUCUUUGUUCUAAUUGGACUAACUGUUUAUCGCCUUCUGCACACCGAACAUGGUGUCAUGAUGAUAUUCUUUACAAACUGCCAGUCUCAUUACAACCUAUUCCUACUGAGUUCACAGAUGAUAAGACUGAUCAACCGAAUUCUGUAGUCAGCCUUUCUACAUUCACUGAAGGUCAAGAUGUUUAUCGUUCUGGAAAUCAUGUAGCCGAUGAAUGUGAUGAUCGUAUUCGUCGUUUAGCAGAGAGUUGCUCAUUUGUGAAUAGCUUUCAGGUAGUCGUGGAUGCUGAAGACGGCUUCACUGGUGUUGGUAUCCGACUUUUAGAAAAUAUUGUUGAAGAAUUUCCUAAAGCAUUCAUUUUCUCAGUUCCGCUUUACCACUCAUCAGCUUUAUCACAUAUGUCUACACGUUUACAAAAGAUAGCAACUGUGAAUCAGCUGUGCUUAAUUAACAACUUAGAGUCUGGCGAUUUUAUUAGUCAUGGCUGUUGGUUACCUAUGGAUGUGUCAGAGCUAUCUGAUCAUUGUCAUGUUUGUCAGAAAAUGAGUGUUCUAGCCUCUGUUCUCGAUACAGUGACAACACCCACCAAGUUGGCGUAUAAAUUUGGUGGUCUAAACAUGAACAGUCUGUGGUCAGUGACAGGUUUUGCACAGGGUAGAAAUAUGCUUACAGCACAAGCGGGUAUUUGCUGUCACGAGAAGGCAGACGACCAACUCUCCUCCUGGUACAACUUUAAUCCUUAUUAUAAUCAAGGGAAAAGAAUAGCCGGUGAAACUGUCUCACCUCAACCAGUACUAUGGCGUCAGUUAAUGUCUCGAGGUGUUACAGAUUCUAAACUAAUGGAUAAUUUAUGGAAGAUGUGUAAUAAUGUAACAAACAGCAACGAUACAACUAGCUCUGUUAAAAAUAAUAAUAACAAUAAUAGUAAUAAUAACCAUGUUAAUAGUAAUAAUGCACUAGGUAAUCUGCACAUCCCAUCUUUAUAUACCUCAGGAUUAAGUCGUCUUGUAUACACCUUGCCUGAGUAUCCUUUACAGACAACAUCUACCCGAAUGAAUCAAAUCAAUUCGUCAUCAUCAUCGUCAUCAGCGGCAUCAUCGGCAUCAAAUUGUCAACAGUAUCCAACUAUGCGUACCGCCUGCAUAGUCGAUGUGCCUAACACUAAUUCAUAUGAAGCGAAAGCAUUAGAAAAACUAGUGAAAUCAUUACUGCCGUAUAAAUCUCAUCCAAUAGACACGCUAAUGGAAUUAGAGGUGUGGCGCGAGUUUUUAGAGUCUGCACAAACACGUCUAAUCGAUGCUUAUACAACUAAAUAAAACUCAAACACGUGUGUAUAAUACCCUUAUACACUUAUAGAGGACUUAUUGCUAUUUUUCUGUCCUACAACCUGGCAUUUUCUUUUCUUUUGUGAUAGAUUUUCAAUUGUAUAUAUUUAUAAUUGAACAUAUGUUGUCUGAUAAUUGACGCUUCUUUCACGCCUUCAUGUCUUAGAUUGUUCUUGAAGAGGAAAAAAGAGUAAUCAAUCUCUGCUGUUUUGUCCAGUUGUGUAUAUGGAUUGGUGUUUCUUUCUUUCUUUGUCUCCGUCUCUCUUUAUUGUAAAUUGUCUCAUGCAUUUCAAUUUCUAGACAAUAUUCUGGUCGAUUAAAGUUGAUCUCUAACGCAAAAAUUGUUCUCCCAUUUUGAAAUGAAUAAAUCUGUGACAGUUUUUUCUGCUCCCGCCUUUUUUUGUGUGUGUUUAUAACACUUCCUUCCUUC